GCCAUCUUCAUUGUUUCCUAGGGGGGUUUUGAAGGUUUUAUUUACAAUCCCUUUGAUUUCAGCUUAUAAAGAUUAUUAUUAUUAUUACUGAAUAUUUUGACAGUACUCAAAGUCUUCCAAGGAAUUUCUUUUCUUCAGAGGCGCUAGGACUCUGAUCACCAAAGAAGCCAGGGAAGAUGCAAAACGUUUUUCCUGCCCGUGAACUGUACAAUUCAAAUCCUUGGUAAGUAGAGCAAGCUUGUUAAAAAGUUCAUUAAUCUCAGGGAAUAUCCUGCACUUUCUAGUAUUCUUAAACUACGAAUGUCAACUUAAGUUUAAAAAAAACUGUAAAGUUAGGGCUUAGGGCUCAUCGUCGGUGUUAUAAGAACCAAAGAAAACAAAGAGGUCACAGCAGAAUCUAGAGCAACAAAAGUUGCAAGACAAAAAAAACUGUUAAACAGGUUCUUAUACCGAGAUAAAUAGAACCCAAAGUAAGGCACUUUCAACUGAUUGAUCUGCAAUUCAACCAAUUAAAAGUCGUUCCGUUAGCAUUUUUUUAUUUAUUAAAGAAUGCAAAAUUAGCUUUCAUCUUUGAGGUUAGUGUGUAGCAUUGAGACGAGCUGAGUACUAAAAUCCUUUUGUUGCUUUAAAUUUAAUCUUAUAUACUUGCAAAACAUGCUACAUAUGCAUAAACGUUGGUUUGCGAUGCAUGUUCCUCGACCCUUGAAAAGGGGCUUUUUUUCUGGCUGGGUGGAGAAAGCAAGUCAAUGAUUGUGAAACGAGAGCUGUUUCAAAAUUAUAGAUGAAAAAGGACAGGCUUCUAACUAUUCAGUUUCUAUUUUACCUUUUUACAGUCGAGAUUUGUGGGACAGCGAACAGCUGAGUCAAAUAGCCGGUUCUCAAGGCUCACAAAACAGUUCUUCAGAUAUGUUUUCACAAUCCAGAAUGAGCCAGCUAAAGGGUCUUAGCUCCUUUGACGUUUGGUCGCAACCGUCGAAUUCACAGCAAUUAUUAGAGGUACUGUUUGGCUUGUUUGAUCAUGAAGAAGUUAUUUAGAUUCCAAAUAAACUAUCAUAGAGCUGGAAUCUUAGAACCCUAGCUUCGUGCCGCCCGAUUUUGUAGUUUUUAUAAUUUGGCACCAAGGGUCUUACCACAAUUACCCCAAACCACACUGCAGUAGUCAAAAUGAGGUUGAAUCAGUGAAUUGUAGAUGAAGUUACCGGGAGGGGCAAAACAUAGCCUUAACCAUGAAAGGUUUUAUGUACAGAAAAGCUUCUUGAGCCUUGCUUUCACUCAAAGCUAUUAAUUGUGCUAUUAAAAAGUUGUCUCUCUCUCUCUCUCUUUUCAUCAUUUGUUUAGGGGCUCUGCCUUACUGGGGUUGAGCGAGUUGAGUGGAACUGGGUGUUAGUGGCUAUUGUACAGGGAUCACAUGAGCGAUUAAAGGUCUAGUGUUUUUAGGCCCUUGGAAAGGCUCAUGCUAAGUAGGAAAAAAACUGAAAAAAAAUGUGGGCUUUUAAGAAAAGCAAUAAAUGUUUAUGUCUCCGACAUAAUCUGAACAGUACCUUGCAUCUAGGACGAACCAGUGAAGUAUUACAUGAAGUACAUGACAAAGCCACCGCUAUUUUCUGAAUCUGAACGUCAGUCCCAGAAGAUGCAGAAACCUCCACAGACGGUAAAAAGUUAUAAGGAAAUGAUAGAAAUUCAGAAGAAACAGACAGCAGAGAGAGAUGACAGGUAAGCAAACAUAAAUUUUGCCGGCGAACUGAUGGUUAAAUUACUUCUGUGACGUCUACAUUAAACUUUAUUUCUUUUUCUUUUAAAGUUUUCUCUUUUUAUUUCACUACAGGGAUGUUCUUGACAGUUUCAUAUCACUGCUUAAAGACUAUACAAAAGAGGUAAGUUCCGGAAAGGGAGAAUUAAAGCUUAUUUAAUUUUCGUUUGAGUAUAAACCCCUUAUAAACCAACAAGUCUGCUGAGCUGUGAACAAGAGAAGGGGGACAUGAACGUGUUGUGCCAGAUGCUCCUUGUUGAUCGCACUUAGGUUCGGUAUCCAAGGCAAUUAGAAACAAAUUCUAGGGAAACCAUUCACCUCUGUUUCACAGCUUUAACGAUAUUUACUGACAUGAUAUAUAUAGAGGGCAAUGCAAGAAUUUCUGGAUGUUACUUUUCCCUCUACACUGCAAGGAGAUUUUUUAAAUUGUGGCUGAAGUUAGGAGAAAUAUAAUGAGAUACCUAAAAAAGAAAGCGUUUGUUUGCUAUGCAUGAAACAAUGCUGCGUGAUCUUUUUCCAUACCAGGGCGUUGUGAUCUCUUAAAGGACUCUCUUAAACCAGAAUUGAACACCAAAAACUUGUCAUUGAACAAAAUUUCAGGUGAAAACUGCCAUGGAUUCUUUCAAGGACAGCAUCGAUUCUACACUGGCCUCCAAGGCAGAGCAAGUAGCUACAGCUGCAAGCCAGUCCGCUGAUCUUAUAAAAAAAUGUAAGCAAAUCUACAACUAUUCAUGCUGCUGUAUUCUCGUUUUCUGUCUAAUAAUCUUAGUAGGAAAUUGAUAAUGAUCUUGCGGAUUACUGAAUUAAUCAUAGUGAAAGAUGACUUGCUGGAGAGCUUUGGAUGUCUCAGGAAGGAUCUUAAGGAAAACGAAGAUCUGAAGGAAAUUAUAGCCAAGGUAACGAUCGAUGGUAAUUAAUUGCUACCAAUAUAUAUACGAAUAAAAGAAGGAAAAAGUAACGGCAUGAAUGCCAGUCGUUGCGUGUACUAAAUGGUGAGCUUGAUUGAGAGUUGACAACCGUACCAUAGAUUCAGGUUAAAUGAGACGAUCUAGAAUUCCCAACCCAUUGUGAAAUCUACACCCAUUUUCAAAGUUAAAAUCUAAGUUGAGAGACAUUUACUGUCAGAUUAGACGAAGGUGUAGGCUGAAAAACUAGAAGAAAUUGGUGAACGAACAGAUUCAGUCGAUUGCGGAUGGUCGUAAAGUAUUAUCGUCGACAGCCCUGGUUUUUUUGCUAGUAAUUCUGUUUAUUCUCUCACUCAGCAAAAUGAAAGGAUCGCAGAGCAAGAUUUGCAAAUCAAGAUACUUCAAUCUCAACUGAAAGAUUGCCUCACAAGAGAAGAGAAAUUAACCGAAAAACACGAGAAACACAUGGAAAGAGAAGACAAGGUUCUGCAGAAACUAGACGAGAUCAGCAGUAGACAAGCGUCCACGGAAAAAGGACUUCUUCUUCAACGAUCCUCCACUUUGGGAAAUGCCAUCCUUAACCAAUCUGCUAAGUGUGUGAAAGAUGACAUCAUAGAGUAUGUUUCUCAAAACCCGCCGAACAGAGCUUUUCGAAAUCAGUUUGCUUGGAACAGUACUGAGGUAAUGAACCACUGUUGAACCUAUCUACUGAGGUGAUGAAACACCAAUGUUGAACCUAUAGCUACCCUACUCCAUUAGGAAGCACUCGAAUAGUCUGCGUGAAUUCCCUUCCCCUUCUCUCGAACGCUAGGGACCUGGCACGACGGCGACAGCAACGGGACCGAAAAAAAGCAGUAGGAUAAAAAGGCAAAACAACAACUCUGCACGUGCAUCACGCCUUUUUGUACAUUUCUUUGCAGUCCCUGCACAACAACGACAAGAAAUGACCAAAAUUUAAAAGUUUACCUAACGGAAAGGCGAUAAAUUCUACCAUCUCUGUUUGAAUUCGGGCGCGGUCCCUUCUCUUUAGCUCCAACCCCAAAGUCCCUUCUUUUAAUUAACUGGGCCCUUAGGGAUAAUCGCGAAAAAAAAGUGAAAAGAUGGGAAGCCUAUUUUUCAAUGACGUUUUCAUGGACGUCGUCGUUGUCGGUUCGUAAGGUCCCUGCUUGCCACACAGGACGGCGCUAACCCUUGUAGGACAGUUGAAAACAAAGUUCGUAUUUAGACUUUUUAUCAACUUAAUCUCCUUCCCCCUAUAUCCAUGUAUUAAAGGUAAUCCAACCGUCUUGGAUUCUGAAUUCCGUGCUGUGGAUUCCGGAUUCCAGGUACUGGGAUGGGUAUCGGCUUUCCUGUCCGUGGAACUUGAAAUAUUGGAUUGCGGAUUCCAAUCCUUAGCGGGAUUCCGGAUUCCUUGAGCUUUACGAAUUCCACGCGCAACAAUUCCCAGGAUUCCGGAAUUCAGAUUUUCUCACAUGGAGCGAAGCCCCUGUGCAGUUGGAAUGAAAAAGAAAAAACGAGUUCACAAACAAAUCAAAAGAACUGCACUAUAGGUAGGUUUUUGAGCCGACUGAAAACUUCUGCUUGAUCUGAUUAUACAAAUUGACAGGUCCCCAACGUGAGAUUGCAUCACAUGGCUCCAGAGACUCAACCAGUGCCUCAUCCAUCAAUCCAGAACAUCGCAGGAUCAAUACCCUUCAAUUAUCAACUACAAGGCUCUAACAACAGACAGUUAAUGCCGUCCCUAGACUGUCAGUAUCACCCACAACCGUCACUAUCUCAUGCGUCUGAAGCAGACGCAGUUGUUCCUAGCGUGAACAUCCAGUACCAAACAGGUAUAGCUUCAGGCACUCAACAUCAGCCGAAUGUUCAUCCCACUGCGGCGAUUGCUCCUAUGCGUCCUGUUUCACACGAUAAUCAGCAGUCUUCUCAUCUGCAUCAGUGCACUAACGUAGCAGAGCGUCACGUCUUGCAACAAGGUAUGCGGAAUGAAAUGGGAGGGACAUAGGUUUGUCAGUAUUCUACUGUGAAGUGCUACCCUCAUUAAAUGGAAAGGCAUAAAGAGCAUGAAAUCGACUGUCAGAGUACGGUAAACUUCCGCUUAUAAGCCCUUGGUUUAUACAACUUUGUAAAAGGCUUUAGGAGGGCUUAUAAACAGGGGGGCUUGUCCGAGGGUCUGGGUGGGCUUAUAACCGGAGGUAUUUUCUUCUUUACGGGUAGAUGGACCUAUAACUGGAGCGGGGCUUAUAGGCGAAAGUUUAUGGUACUCCCGAUUUAUCCUCAGGUGAUCAGGCGGCGUUACCAUCAGAGUUGGAAGCUGUCCGUGCGUCUGCGAAAUACUCCGAGGAGAAUGUUAUCAGACCCUCCACCUCUCCAGGUGUUCGUGUUCCUACCUUGACAAACGCUGCCUGGCCAAAGCAAUCCCCCAUAGCUGCUGUUCACCCGCAGAUUCGCGUCAAGAGGGAACUUGAAACAGAAAAAAUGAAAGGUACCAGCUCUUAGGGCUACGUCCACAUGUCACAUGACGACAAAUUUUCGACCUAUUGCAAGUUUGUGCGUUUCCGUUGACACGGAACCACCUUAACCGAAAGAAAAUUUAGACGCCUAGCCACUCAAAAUUCCGUGUAAACAGAUCGAAAACAUUCAGUAAACGGUCUCGUGUAAACAAAGUGUCCGGUUAAAUUUUUAGGCGGUCGAGAAUUCGUCCUGUACACUGAGUGUGAACGCAGUUUUUAUUUUCUUCUUAUUAUACCUAUGGCUUUAUGACUUUACAGUCUCAAGUGAUGUUCUCGGCUUACAAAACUAAAAACAUUUACUGACAGUGGACUAGUUGUCAGAGAUCAUGAUGAUUCGUGACUUAUUGUAAUGUGUCCCUGGAAGGGCCCAUUCAGUUUCACACUACUUUCUUUAAUUGUUUUAAAGUGGUAGUAUACAUCUAUCAUAACUAAUAAUUUUUUUCCUUACAGCAAGCAGACCUUGCGCUAAGGGCCCUCGAAAGGAAGAUCCUUUUGACAUAUUCGUCUUUGACUUAACCUCGUCUCCGGAGGAUGAAAUUUGUGAGAUCCAGAGGUCCAAACCCGUAUCCCUAAAGACAGCCUCCCAAAGCGUAGCAAACACUCACAGAACGAGGUCAAAGACCAUGACGUCCUUGAAGAAUGCAAUUGAAGACAAAACGACCGUGAGCACUGCAGAUUCGAAUGACGUUAAAAACCAAAAACGGAGCAAAUCUAAAAUCAAUAGCUACUUACCUUCAGUCAAGAAACGUUCUUCCAGUCUGCAUGGAAAGACAAGCCCCGCCUCAAAACAUUACAAGGAGGGAAAGGAUAACACUGAUGGCUACAGUCUUGUUCCCACCACACCAAACCGUCCAGUCAUAGCUGUAAUAGAAAAUGGCAUCCCAAGAUCUAAAGUUGCAAAGAAUGUUUUCCAGGUAACCAUUUGGUUGUAUUUUUGAUAAUCCGCUAUCCUCUUUUGUCGCAAAUUUUCUUUGGUCUCCGUGCAGUAGCCUCCGUUAUUAGGCAAUUCAAUCAGUUCAGGGGUGGAGUAGGGACGCAGAAGAAGAACGAGUAGCAGGGGCCAAAAUAGUGGGCCCCAUUCUCUUUCUCUACUGCGCGAAACAUGCGCGAGACUUAAACUGCAAUCUAACGUUCAUGUCGGAUAUCUCAGGAACUAAUGGUUAUGUGAAAAAUAGAUAGAUUAUGAAUAAAAUGAACAAAAAAUCUACGUAUAUAGGUAAAUCAAUUAAAAAGAAAAUAACUUUAUUGAAAUUUUAAUAGAGAACGGGCUGAACACUGUCAACAAUUCCAAUGAUUAGACUAUCAGAGAGCAAAACAGAAUCAUUUUCCAACCCCUUCUGAAAGAGAUGUUGUAACCAAAACUAUAGAACACUUUUUUAACCUGGCGGAUUUUUUGUACGUUUUUCAGGGUUCCAAGACUUCUUUCAAGCGGAACCAGCUGGCAGCCAAAAGAAAACUAUCUUUUGAUGCGUCCGAGCUCUUUGAAGGUGAGCAAUGGGGAGAGAAGUGUGCAUUAAUUCUUUACUGACUUUUUUGGUGUGAUUUUGAGUUAGUUCUUUCUUGAGGCCCAGUGAGAAAUAAUAUAUAGAUUUAGCCAUGGGCUAAAAGCGAAGCUCUGGUUAAUAAUACUUAUAAACAAAAAAAAUUAAAUAAUGUAAUGCUAAACAGGGAGGACAGUAAAAAUGGCUUCAAGACUAAUGGAUCUAAUUAGCAAAAAACAAAUUGCACGUGCAGUACACUUUUUCUUCUAAUUAGCAAAAAACAAAUUUGCACGCCCAGCACGCUUUUUUGUCUUUCCCUUGCCGUUGUUUUGCACGACUACAACGCUGUUUUGUACGACUAAAACGACAAACUUCCUAGUUACACAUUAUUUUUAGGGAGGAAUUGUCGUAUGAACUUACCCAAUAUUUUGUUUCCUGUGUUCAUGUUCCCUUUUAUUUUUCACUGCCGCUCAUUUUCACCUUGCUAUCCGCUCCCUGCUGGGUGCUAGCACUUCUCAUUUUCUCACCGCCGCUUUGAAUUUCCAUUCUUUUCUUCCUACGAAAUUCGUCUCCUUUAUUUUCAAUGACUCGCUAUAGCUCUUUCUCUGUUAAAAAAUAACUCCGAAAAAGACACGACUUCGUUGUUGUUUAUUCUUUCUAAAAGUCCGGGCGCUUAUGUGUUCCAUAUAAAACCUUGAGUUGCAUGCCUGUGAUGCGUAUGGACGGUCGCUCGCUCGCUCGGUGUACGGUCACGUGAUUACCAAAUUUUCUGAGAUGGGUAGAUUACCACAUUUCCUUUGCUAUGAGCUCCGCUGUAAAGUAAGCUGGCCGGUCAAAGGCUCACGAUACCAGACACAGAUUGGAAUAUAUCGUAAGCAAAGUUUCGUUUUGUUUUAUUUUUUAUUUUGUAUUUCAUCUCUUGAUUUCAUUUGCCUUUUAGGUCUCGAAGAUGAUACAAAUAUACAGCAGAUUACUGAGAGUAUUCGCAAGCAUUCGCAAAGAAAAAGGGUUGUCAAAAUAAUAUAAUCGCCGAUAUCAUCUUUAUUUAGACACUGAGCCGCACGAUUUAUAGCUCGUAUUGUCUCGUAUUGUCUCAAAAUCAUUUUUGCACGUUAAAAAGUUAUUCAAUUUUCCCAUUAUUUUAUAAUAUAAAUCUAAAACAGCUUGUAGCCUGUCAUAAGAGCAAAUUCGUUCCACAACUGUCUGCAAGAAAUUAACAGAGGAGAAUAAACGCUUCUUAUUUUCGAAUGAAUCAAGGAACAAAGAUGUUGAAAGCUUGUACUUCAAUCUACAAAAAGACAAAGCGGUAUAAAGCACAAAACGGGUCACGAUGUCUACAUUGACUUUAAAGUUUGAAUGCCUCCAUUUUUGGUAUGAAUUUUGGAACUGAAAAAGUUUUUAUUUCAAUAAAGGAACUUAUUCGAAACACUUAUACAGUAUCAAAUAUACCUUUUGCAGGCCCCAGUUGUUCAAAAGGUGGUUAAUGCUAUCUACCGGGUAAAUCACGUUUUAAACGCGUCCGUUUUAUUCUAUUUAGAGACUGGGAUCUAAUUAUCGAACGAGCCAAUUAACGCACGCAAUCAGGUGUUUUUGACUACGUCGAAUAAAUAAGGGAAUUGCUCACUGGCACUUGACACAAAAAAUAAACAGCUGAAAUAAAUACGCAUCUUGGAGAUCGGAGGGCGAUCACUGGAUUUUUUGCUCCUGAAGCAAACUUAAAUUGAUGCUGUCCUUAACUAGCCUUGGGCUUAAACUGAAAGCCAAAGAUUCACUGCCAGUGAAAGCGGAAAGUGAUGUUGUAUGCGAAGCAUUGAUGAUGGAGCUUGAAUCGCAAAUCAAGGAUGUUGAGAGGAUCAAUCGUGAUGUUGAACGGGAAAAAAGGAGAUUGUCAAACAUAGCGGACUACUCUUGGCUCAUUAGUACACCUUCAAAAUCCUUUGAAAUUCCACAAAUCGAACGCCUUGCUUUAGAACAGUUAGCUUCGAAAGUACGACCCGAAGACAGCGGGAGUAUAAUUUCAGAGUUUCGGAACGCUGUGGAAGGAAUACCGCGUGACACAAGCGAACUGCCCCAAGUUAUGCGAUGUAUAAUUGAGAAAAACCUUCUAGAACGCCCGAAUAAAAGCGAAGAAACGGAAUCAACCCUCCGAUGGAUGACAAGGAGUCUAUCGCAGCUCAGAGCGAUAUCAAAUCACACAUCAGGAAGGGUUUAUCCUGUUGAAGAUAUCGAACUUCAAAGUGUGCCCGAGCCAAGGCGAGUGAAAAGUAUGUCUGACUUUCCGCGUUCAAGAAAUUUUAUGCCCGUAUAGUUUUUAUAGUUAAGAGCUAAAUAUUAGUGCUUAGCUUGUAGAUAUUUUAAUCCUUAUUUUUACAACUUCAGUCUCUUCCCCAUGCCGGCCCAUACGACCAUGUACCAAUGCAUGCAUCGCCACGUUUUGAUGUCGUUCUGUUAAUUUUUCUUGUAUCUUUAAGAGGAAGUCUGCCGUUAACCAAAAAUUGUUGUUACAUCAAGCUUAAAGAAUGUUUUAUUGACUGUUGCAGUUACAUAAUCGCCCUACUGGCUGAAUAACUUAGCCGCAAAUGCUCGAAAACAUUUCAAGUAAUAGUUUAUAUUUUAUUCACAAGCAACAAAACUAGGAGUAAACAGAGUAAAGACUUCAGUUCUAUUUCAAGGCUGGUUUUUCUAUAAUUGCUAUGGUAGCUCAAACGACUGGAGCUGUUUCUGCACUUGAGUCUUGGUGAUCAUAUUCAUUAGGGCCUCUUCACAUGAGCGCGGUUGAAUGGGCUGGCCCGGUUACUAGGACCAAUUUUGCCUUGGGUUCAUAUGAGAAAUUUCAGCCUGGUUUCCAAGAUGAAAAAAGGCCAAAGAUCCUGGGGAUGAGUUGUGGUGCAAAAUUCGAGAAACAAAGCAAACAUGACAAAACACAAAGAUUAUAACUUUUGCACCUACCAUAGCUUUGGCAACCCGUAAAGCUGUAUUGCUGCAGUUAAAUGGCAUGCUUAUGAUGUCGAAAACACAUACAGCAAGCAAUGCAAGACGAUGUCAUCUGGGCUACCAGAAUUCAUCCCGGUAACC